CUGACAGAUAAUUUCCAUUGUGCGGUUUGCGAUCGAUUGAUCAUUGAAGAAGAAAAUUUCUAAUAUUCUAGGCGUUUAAGCAAUUCAUUGCAGUACAAGUGAUUUAAAUAAACAUCGUGUUAUCUAUUUCAACAAGAUUUGUCUGCAAAUAUCCGACUACUCAAGCAGAAAACGAUAGCAGAAGAUGAGGGUUGGAGGAACAAAUAGGAGAUAGAGCACCUUAGAAACAAUUAUAAACAUAUACUCCCGUCCAUGUAGUGACAUGAUGUAAUUGCUCCAGAAAACCAGUUUAUACAAUUAGAUCACUGAGCUGUGGUCUAUUAAAACAGGUUGUUGAACCCAUCACAUUAAGGACAAGAGUCCUUAUAAAACACACUUCAUAUUAAGCCAUACAAGCAUUAUUCAAACCACAAAAAUAAUGUCUAACGAUGCUGAAUUAAAACCUGUGAAAAAUAGCAAAGGCGAUGUGAAGGAAGCUGUACCACUGCCAACAGAUGGCACCAGUGUUUCGUCAAAAGAUGGCAGUGUGUCAGACUUGCCGAUUCCACCAGAUGGCGGAUGGGGUUGGAUGGUGGUAUUUGCAUCAUUCAUGGUACAUAUAAUCGCAGAUGGAGUCGUUUAUUCAUUCGGAAUAUUCUACAUUGAGUUCCUGCAUGAAUUCAAAGGGGGAAAGGGAGAGACUGCCUGGGUGGGGUCUCUGGUCGUUGGUGUUACUUUAAGCUCAGGUCCAAUAGCAAGUGCCCUUACAAAUAAAUAUGGCUGCCGUGUUGUGACGAUACUUGGUUCUAUUAUAGCUUCAGGUGGCUUUCUGCUGAGUCUACUUGCUCCAAAUCUCUACUUUCUCUACUUCUCAUUUGGAAUCAUGUCAGGUCUUGGAUUUGGACUGAUAUACCUCCCUGCUAUUGUCAGCGUAGGGUACUACUUUGAAAAACGACGUGCUUUUGCGACGGGAAUUGCAGUAUGCGGCUCAGGUGUUGGAACAUUUAUAUUUGCGCCAUUAUCAAAAUGGCUGUUGGAUUUGUACGGCUGGAGGGGUGCAAUAUUAAUACAAGCGGGACUCAUUUUGAAUUGUAUACUCUGUGGAGCCCUUUUCAGACCCCUUGAGUCAAAAAAAAGAAAACGGGAUAAGUCAACAGAAACCGGGUCCAAAGAUGAAAAAUCGCCUUUGACAAUAGCUCAGAAUGGUGAACUUAAAAAUGGCAGUCUGGUAUUGCCGGAGGUUGAAAUAACCGUCACCUCAGAAAAAUCAGAAGAUGACUUAGCUCUGAAUAAACCAAAUGGAAUUAAUCCCAAGCAUUUUCAGUUAAUCAGUCGAUCCCAUUGUGAACUAAACAAAGCACCUCUCACUGAAACAAACGGCACAAUCAGGAGCCUCGAUGAGCGAAUGUGGCAUAGCCUUAACCGUCGACAACCUGGAAAAUCAAUAUCCGCGACGCAUCAUCAACAUCAUGCAUCGAACACCAGCCUCGGGCCUAUGUAUCGUAAGGAUAUAUUCUACAAUGCAAGUCUGUUGAACAUUCCGGCUUACAAAUCCAACCCGAAUCUUUACAGUCGCAGUAUAACAUCAAUCCCUCAUGAGGAAGAACAAAAAUCGUGCUGUUCUAACGAAAUGAAGGAUACAUUAAGAAAUAUGAUGGAUCUAUCCCUAUUAAAAGACAUGACAUUUUUAAUGUUUGCAAUAUCAAACUUUUUUACCAGUAUAGGCUUCAACGCCCCGUAUAUAUAUCUCCCGGAUAGAGCCGAGCUUUUGGGCGUUGAAUCGAACAAUGCAGCUUUUUUGAUCUCAGUUAUAGGGAUAUCAAAUACGCUCGGGCGAUUGAUAUUUGGUUGGAUGAGUGAUCGCCCGUGCGUUAACAGAUUAUGGCUGUACAAUUCUGCACUAACUCUAUGUGGAAUACUGACUGUUCUAAGCUCAUUCUGCAGGACUUAUGAGCUGCUGAUUGUUUACGCUGCUUCAUUUGGAGUUUUUAUAGGUGUGUAUGUAUCUCUGACAUCAGUUGUUCUGGUAGAUUUGCUGGGAUUGGAUAAACUGACCAACUCAUUUGGUUUGUUGUUGCUCUUCCAAGGUGCUGCUACCAUUGUGGGACCUCCUAUUGCAGGAUGGGUUUAUGAUGGAACAGGAAGUUAUGACGCCUCAUUUUGGAUCUGCGGGGCAAUGAUUGCCAUUAGCGGUUUCAUGCUGUUCUUUAUUCCAUGUGUACAGCGAUGUGAAAAGCGCAGAAAUAAAUCUGACUCAGAAUCAGAAUUCGGUCGAACCCUACAAGAAGUUGAAAUUGAAAGUUCAGGAAAAUAUAUCAAAAAUGAACAAGAAGGCCCAAAAGUGUCCUUAUCUCUUUAAUGUGGAAAGAUCAACAUUAUUUUUAAACAUUGUACUCUACAGUUGAACUGUCCUCUAACUGAAUUUACUCACAGAAGAUUUGUUGAAGAGAUGUAUUGAAAAAUUCUAAAUUCAUCGUUCAGAGAGAGACACCACAAAUAAAUACAUGAGCAACCAGAAAAAAGUUCUACGCAGGAAGUACCAGAUAAAUAGAUAGUUUUAAGAUGCGUAGAUUAAAGACAUCUAAUAUAUAUCUUAAUAUAUAUCCUAUAGCCUAAGACUGAAGAAUAUUAUCAAACUAGCUACAGUACAUGUACUUUCUCUUUUGAAUCUUUGUUCAUGAUGUACAAGUGACUUUAACAUGGCUUAAUUAUUAAUGUACAACUAUAUGUACAUUGAUUUUUAAAAAUAUAUGAGGCCAAAGGAAUUUAAUUUCAUGUUUUGCAUCACCACACUCAAUAUAUUUAGGGCAGUCCUAUAAUGCCCAAAUUAUAAGACAAAUCUUUUAGAUUUUAGGUAUUGUCCUGAAAAAUGUGACAUGAUUAUGAAUUACAUAGAAUUUUAUGUAUGUAUUUAUUAUCUCCCUCUGUUAUUAUUUGCAUUUGCCUAUUGUCUUGAAACAUUGAGUUAACUUACUUUGGCCUCAUAUAGGGAAAUAUUCUCAUACUCAUUUAAGUAUGUUAUGUAAAAACAAUAAUAACCCAAACCUGUUAAAUCUGAACUGAAAUGUAAGUUUGAUUCACUGAGAAUCUACAUUGUUUUAAGUCAUGUGCAUCCAUCAAAUUCCCAUGUGCAUCUUAAUGGACUGCUUACGCCACUCAGAUUCAUAUGAGUAAAUUCCAUGUGGAUUCCAUAUGAUCUCCAUAUGGAUCAGAUUGGGGUGUGCAAAGUUGGAUUAGGGUGUGCAAAGUUGUAUUAAGGUGUGCAUAGUUGGAUUGGGGUGUGCAUAGUUUACCGCUUUACGUACAAGAGAGACAUCUCAAAAUAAUUUGUCUAAAUGUUUUAUAGUUUACAAUAUCUUCUUGCCAAUAUGUUUUUUUUUAUUGUUGAAUGUGUGUUCUUGAUGUUAUAAGGCCGAUACAAAUCAGUUACAUGUUUAGAGGUCAUUUACUCAUCAGGUCAUCCAAAAACCUCCCUGGUCUGACUGUUUUCUUACCUCUUUGAGGAUUGUCUAUUGUAUUUUUCAAAAUCUUAGAGUGAAAUAAAAUAAGACUGGUCAUUGAUUUUAAGAAAAUUAAAAACUCCCACUAAACAGAAAAUUAACUUGUAGAGGCCUAAUGUGUAUUUGU